AUGGAUAAACUAUUUGAUUUGCUUAAAAAAGAAUAAACAACGAAAGAGAAAUCUUAAGUAAAAGUCAUUUAUGACUUGAAUAAUAAUGAUUAUCAUAAUUUUGGGCAUGAGUAAAUAAGAUUAGAUUGUGGGGCUACUUUGGUUAACACUCCUGCAGGAUAUAUAUAAUUUGGAAUUCCUCCUGGAUGUUUAAGCGAGUUGAUUAGUAAGAAACUGUAAGUUCCAAUUUACUUUAUUGUACCUUCAGUUAGAUUUCAUAAAAAAUAUGCUGUAAAUCUUUGUGAUUUUAUCUAUGUCGCAUUCUAUAACUAUCUAAAAGGGAAAAAAACAUAUUUGAUUUGCAAUCCAUUAACUCCAAUGCAUUUAAGAUAAAUCUUUAAGGAAAUGUGGCCACAAUGGGAUGACUCAGUUAUACAUAAAGAUAUCGAUUUUUAUUCUUCAAUUGAUAAAAAUCCAAUCCCUAAUUUUUAAGCAGAAUUCAAAUAUCUAAGAAAUAUGCUUUCGCAAUACAACUAAGAAAUGCCUUUUGAAGAUAUGAUAGAUUUUAUAGUAAUUGAUAAAAAAACAGGCUGUGAAAUAGGAGAUUAAAUUCAUAUUAAGAGAAGAGGAGAAGAAAUUGCUAUUAAUGUCAAUGAUAUUGAAGUUGCAUCUCUUCAAGAUAAAGUAGACAUAAAUUAUGUUGAAGAAGUGAACUGGGAUGAUAUUCUUAAAAAGAAAUAUGAUAUAAACGAUGUAUUAAGAAAAAGCUAAAUGGCUCAAACUGUUAAAAAUUAAUCUCUAAAUUUAGAUACCAGUAAGCACUUUGCUAUUACAUUUUUACCUAAGCUUAACAAAGACGAACUUGAAGAAGAAUCAAAUGGUUUUAUUAUUUGGAUCAAUGGAAGAGGACUUCUUGUUGAUCCUCCUGUUUUUACAAGCUAAAUACUGACCAAAAUGCAUAUUUCAAGCAGCGUUAUAGAGUGGAUAAUUAUAACUUAAGGAAGCUCUAGAAGCGAUUUAGGAGCAUUUUAACUUAUGUUUUAAAACUCAAAAAUUGAAUUGAUUACAACUCGCUAAAUCUAUGAUUCUUUUUUGAAAAAAUACUCAGAUCUUAGUAAUAUGCCAGCUGAUUUCCUUAACAGAAUUCUUAAGUUUAGACCUAUUUCGAUUGGUGCUCCAUUAGUAGUAAAAACAUGCAAAUUCAAGUUUUUCUAUACAUUAAAUGUCAUUCCUUCGUUGGGAUUCGAAGCUUAAGUUGAAAAUUAGUAACUUUACUAUGGAGGAGACACUAUUCUGACAAAAUCUGUAUUAGAAGACAUGAAGCAAAAAGGUGUAAUUAAUUAAGAUAGAUAUAAUUAAAUUUUAAAUAAAAGUAAGUGGAAAAAUUCACAGCUAAGGAUGUUUUACGUAGGUGAACAUCCUUGGCACACCUAAAUUGAGGAUUUCUUGAAUAUGGAAGAUUUUAAAGAUCCUCAUUAAAGACAUAAAACCCUUUUAUUUACUAAAAGUCCUAGUGUUCUUAAGAAAAUAGUAGGUGCAGGAUUUGCUACACCAUCAAGCAUUGGUUAUGGUGUCGACAUAAAUUUGUAUGAUAAAAAAUAAUCUAAAAUAAAAAGUUCAGAUGUUGAAAAUAUGAAAAAAAUGGAAUUAUAGAAAAAAAUAGAUUUGCUAUGCACAAUUGAAAUUUUUGAGAGUAUAUCAAUAAAAAAUUUUAGAGAUCUUCUUUAGAGUGCAAAAGAGGAGUAUUAUGAUCCAGGAGAAUAUGUAAUCAGAUAGGGUACAAUAGGUACCAAAUUUUACUUUGUCAUGAGUGGAAUAGUGUGUAUUUUUGACGAUGCGAGAUCGCUGUCUAGAUUUUGUCCUACUGGUAGUUAUUUUGGUGAAACAGCCUUGAAAGUAGAUAGUACAAGGAGAGGUGCAAAUGUUAUAGCUGUAACUCCAUGCGAACUUCUAUCUUUAGAAAAGCAAGACUUCUUUUUUAUUUUUGGUGAAGAAAAAGAUGAAUCAGCUCCUAUCAUUUAAAAACUAUUGUCUAUGUAUACUUCGAGAAGAAAAAACACUGUAAAUUUACUAAAGAAGAACGAAAUAUUCAAAGAACUUAAUGAAUAAUAAAAGACUGAAAUGGAAAUGAUAUUUAGAGAAGCUAAAUUUGAAACAAAUAAAUUGAUUUGGACCAAAGGAGAAGAAGCUAGAUUUGCUAUAUUUAUCAAAGAAGGUUCUAUUAAAUUCAGCGAUUGUGAAGAACAAAAAAAUCCUGAAAUGGGAGAGGGUUUCUUUAUUGGUGAGAUUGAUUCAUUAGUUAAUGAUAAACCUCUCACUACUACACUGAUAUCAUUAAAACCAACAGAAGUUUUUAUUGUAGACAAAAAUGAUUUGGUUAGUUUCUUUAAGAAAAAUUUAGGUAUUUUGUUAAAAUUAAAUUAUUUAAAGUAUUUCAAAUGA